AUGGAGUCACUCCUACACGCGUCUUCGUCUCUGUUGUCUCUCAGACCCAGAAUCGACGGUCGUGAUUCCUUCAUCAACCCAUCACGUGUUUUUCUCAGUCCUAGUCUCGGCCGCAGAGAAUCUAAAUCUCUUCCUCUGGUCGCGACGGCGAAGAAGAAGAAAAGCAAGAAAGAUGAUAAUCAUGGCUUUUCCGUUAGAUCUGACGAAGCCACUGGUCCAUUUCCUGAAUCCAUUCUUCUCAAAGAGAAGAAGGUCGAUGCAGAAGGUGAUCUUCUUCCUGAGUUUGCUGAUGCUGAAGAAAAGGAGCUAUAUGAGUUUCUGGAUCUUCAGCUUCAGAGUGACUUGAAUGAGGAAAGGAUGAGGCACUAUGAGGUGGUUUACUUGAUUCAUGAAAAACAUGCUGAGGAGGUCGAAAGUGUCAAUGAAAAAGUGCAAGAAUUCCUGAAGGAGAAGAAAGGGAAAGUGUGGAGGUUUAGUGACUGGGGAAUGCGUAGACUGGCAUAUAAAAUACAGAAGGCGGAGAAUGCGCACUAUAUACUGAUGAACUUUGAGAUAGAAGCGAAAUACUUGAACGAGUUCAAGGGAUUGUUAGAUAGUGAUGAAAGGGUGAUUAGGCAUCUCGUGAUGAAACGGGAUGAGGCCAUUACAGAAGACUGCCCUCCACCUCCCGAGUUUCACUCUGACCAGUCCGACAAUGCCAGGAGAAAUCGGAGAACAGUUAAUGUAGGAGGUUAG